UUCAGUACUCCUGUGUCAGUUCUGUAAACCUUUCUGGUAAACAGUUCAAACUUACAAAGGCCUGAGCAUCCUUACCUGCCACUGCAGUUGCCUGGGAGUUGAGAGAGGUCAGAGCCUGGCUCAAAGUACAGGAUGUUUUUUCCCUGGUACUGUAUCUUCCUGCUUUACAUGUUAUGUAUGGUUUGUUCUGACUGUGCUGUGUGUUCACUUUAGUAUUUUUGCCAUUCUUUUUCAUUUUAUUAGCGCCAUGCCCUAUCACUUUUCCCCUCAUUGAUUUCAAAACAAUGCAUCUGCAGAGAGAAGGGGAGGAUCCAUUUCCUGCUUUCAAAUCUUGGCAGGAAGACAGUGAAUCUGGAGAAGCUCAGCUUUCCCCGCAGGCUGGAAGGAUGACUAAUCAUCCAUUGGAGGAGGACUGUCACCCGAUAUUGUCACACCGUAGUCUGGACUUUGGGCAAAGCCAGCGUUUCUUACAUGAUCCAGAAACUUUAGAUUCUUCAUCCAAAGCACUUUCUUUUGUUAGAACACGAAGAGCAUCCUUCAGCUCAAAAGAUGACAAAAGGGAAGACAAGACGCCUUAUCAGCUUGUCAAGAAACUACAGAAAAAAAUAAAGCAAUUUGAGGAACAAUUUGAAAAAGAGAAGAACAGUAAGCCCUCCUACAGUGAUAUUGCAGCCAAUCCAAAAGUUUUAAAAUGGAUGACUGACCUUACCAAAUUAAGAAAGCAAAUAAAAGAUGCAAAGCAGAAGAGCUCAGAUGGAGAAUUCAUACCUCAAACACGUCCACGAAGCAACACUCUACCAAAAAGCUUUGGUUCCUCUCUUGACCAAGAAGAUGAAGAAAACGGAGAUGAGAUGCGGGUUGUGCAGAAAGAGAAGAAGCCCACCAAGGAAGCUACACUUGAACUCAUUUUGAAAAGAUUAAAGGAAAAACGAGUUGAGAGGUGUUUGCCAGAAGAUAUAAAAAAAAUGACAAAGGACCAUUUGGUAGAAGAGAAAACAUCUCUCCAGAAAAGUCUCCUGUAUUAUGAAAGUCAACAUGGACGACCGGUUACUAGAGAAGAAAGACAUAUUGUGAAGCCACUUUAUGACAGAUACAGACUUGUAAAACAAAUGUUAACUAGAGCAAGCAUUACUCCUAUUCUUGGUUCACCAUCAACCAAGAGGCGGGGGCAGAUGUUACAACCCAUCAUUGAAGGUGAAACUGCCCACUUUUUUGAAGAAAUUAAGGAAGAAGAGGAGGAAAGCGAUGGUUUGUCUGCAGACCUGAAUGAUAUCUUAAAAUCUGCUGUCCAGACACAGUCUGUUUUAAGCCCGGUUGAGAACUCGGAGUCCGAUGUUGAAGAUGGUCAAGAGAAGCUGACCCGGGACCUUAGGCUGUCAAGCACCCGAGCUGCUUCUAUGCCUGAAUUAUUGGAGCAGCUGUGGAAAGCCAGAGCUGAAAAGAAAAAGCUACGCAAGACAUUACGAGAAUUUGAAGAGGAGUUUUAUCAGCAGAAUGGAAGGAACGUACAGAAAGAAGAUCGGGUUCCAAUGCUUGAUGAGUACAGGGAGUACAAGAAAAUUAAAGCCAAACUUAGGCUGUUAGAAGUCCUUAUCAGCAAACAAGAUUCUUCAAAAUCAAUUUAACUUAGGCUUCUCCAAACCAUUGAAUAACAUUUUGCUUAUACUACCACUGUACUUACUGAGUGCUUAUGUUCAUAUAUCACGCACUGUUGAAAGAAUACAGUUUGUGCACUUUAUUGUGGUGCCACUCUAAGUUGUUUGAAGGGUAAGUAGGUUCUGUCUAGAGAGCAAGUAAGAUCUGUAAACUUGAGACUGCGCUAUCCAACUUUAGCAAACACAGUUUCCAUCAAUUUAUUUUGUAUUGGAUGCAUCCACCUUGUUCUAAAACAACAACCAUAGCAUUUUGUUCUUUGGCAUUCAAGAACUCUGAGACUUUUAUUACCAAACUUUUGCAUUGUAGAAGAAAUUACUUAUAUUGUAAUGCUAUACUGAAGUACUCCUGUUGCCUAUUUUAUUGUAGGGGGGGAAAAAGGCAAAUUAAAAAUACAUCUCUCUUUUCCUGGAAUGUUUAAAAGCCUGUAAUCCCUUUCAAAGAACUGCUGUGGAACAAGUUCAAUUUCGAGUAAUCUAAAUUGCAUCUAUAACCAUAAUAGUUAACAUCUAUGGAUUUUGCUUGGUAGUGGUCACAUUUCCACCUAGAUCAAGAUGACAGUGGACGAACGAGAAAGUGACCUUACUUAGUGUCUUUUAAAAGUUGGAAAACUGAAAAGUUAUAUCACAUGCUGCCUACAGGACUUACAUUACUGUCGUAAAUCUUAUUGGUUCUUGUUUAUCAGCUAGUGGUGGCAUAGUGUUUUGUCUGAAUUGGAUACUGCAUCUCCUCUUUCAGCAGAUUUGAGGAACUUAAUGCACGUUACAGUGUAUGAGAAAGGUGAUGUUGCUCAGACUUGUGUAGUUCCAGCAGAAAAGUGCUGGCUUAGGUCAGUUAAAAAUCCUCAGUACAUGAAAUAAAUAUGCUAUCAAGGGCUAAAAUCAGCAUGGUUAAUGUGCACCACAGGGUGAACUGACAGCUUUGAGUGAAGAAAUUACUGCUGUUUAUCACGGUUUUGUUUUACAGUUGGAGAAUAAAAAUAUCUAAUCUUUAUGAUAUAAGCAAAACAGUUUAUGGGCCUUGCAUGAUUUAGCUUCAGAGUUGAAACUAAAUAAUGUUUUGAGUAUCACAUCUGCUGUGCUGAAUGAUGAUUUAGCUAGCUUUAUGCUCUGCAGCAGCCAUCAGCAGCUGGUUUUGAUCUGGCAAAAUCUAAGUGUUAAUUUUAAUUGGUGCUUUCUCAGUUUUUUUUUUUUCUUCAGUGUAUCAGUUUGGUCGUGGCCAUGUUUUGCAUGCACCUACUCUCACUGCAUGUUUUUAUGACUGGCUAAUGUCAACAUAGCUAUUAUUCACACUGCUUUAUGAAAGACCAAAAAUGAACUUUCUCCAAGUAAAAAGUGGCUAGCAUGUAACCUCAUAGACUUGUUAUUCUGUCAUGAAGCAUAUGAAAUAGAUUGAAAGUAGCAUUUUAGUGCUCAGGUUUCAUCUGUGUACUGUAGAAUACUUCCUGUUUUGUUUUAUUCUGCUUGUAGACAUGUAAUUUUGGAAUUCAGAAGAAAAGCACUAAAACUAUUGAGCACUGGUGGUAUGCCUUUUUUUUUAAUGGCAAAAUGAUCUGGGACCGUAGGGAAUUAUGAGGUUAAACUAGUCUUGAGACCAUUUAUCAAUUUUAUUCAGUUUCAUUGUGCAAUGUACACUUCAGUUCCUUUUCUAUCAGUCUGCAGACACGGGUGUAUCCAAACAUUGAAACUAAUGUGUACUGUAUAGCGUUGUACAUGAAUGUUUGUGUUUUAUAUACCACAUGCAGAAUGUCAAUAUGCACUAUUUAAAUGUUUUAAAUAAUAUAUUCCUCCUUUAUAAUGCUUAAAUCUAUAUGAUUCCAAUAUUUUUAUAAGUGAGUGAGUGAUCAGACUGAUUCCAAUUCAGAAUUAACAGCUGCUUUGUGUUUGUUAUGCAGUGUUUGGCUGUUUAUUCAGUAUAGUAGAUAAGCAUGGCAACAGUUAUGCUAUGAGUGUGUUUUGUGCCAUCCUUGUUGAGCAAUAAAUAAACGGUAGAAUUAGGCAUUUUGUGAUAUAACAGUUUUACUUUGGUAAAAGCAAAACCUAUAUAUCUAUAUGGAUAUAUAGAUAUGGAAUAUAUAUAUAACUAAACCAGAUGUAAUUGCAUUGCUAUGUCUGGUGCUCAUUGUAUAGACUUUUAUAAUAAAAAUACCUUAACCUUUA